AUGUCGGAAGAUUUAAAAGAACACUUUCACACAGAUGAUAUCGUAAGUUUUCUUUUUAUUUCUUUUUUUAAUUUUAUUUUCAACAUUUCCUUCAUUUCUUUCUUAUUUUUCUCUUUCAUUUUAAUUUCCCUUUUCUACGUUUUCCAUCUCAUUUUUCUUUAUUUACAUCUUUUUCUUUUUAUCUUUGUUUUUAUUUAUUUUAAAGUUGUUUUUUCUUUAUUUUUCCUUUCGUUUUUUUCUUAUUUUCUUUCAUUUCCAGUUACCUUUUUUUUUUCUUCAUUUUUCUUUGUCACCUCCGUUUAUGCCAUCUUUAUUUCCAUCUUUUUCUUUGUUUUUUUUUCACUUUCACCGUCUUCGUUUUAUUUUUUUAUGUUUUCCUUUUGUCUUUUUCUUAGUCGUUUUCAUCUUUUUCUCUUCAUUUCCAUUUUUCACUUUCAGCGUCUUCGUUUCGUUUUCUUUGUUUUUCAUUUUGUCUUUUUCUUCGUCGUUUUCAUCUUUUUGUCUUCAUUUCCACCUUUUUCUUCGUCAUUCACAUCUUUUCCUUCGUCAUUUGCAUCUAUUUCUUCUCCAUGUUAUUCUUGUAUAUUUUCAUUACUUCUUCAUUGCUAUCACUUGAAUCCGUUUUUCUUCGUUCUUAUUUUUAAUCUUCGUUAUCAUAUAUUUCAUCUAUUUAUAUAUCUACCUUUUUUAACUCUUUCCUUUCUUUUUUUUUUCUUUAUCCUUGUGUUGCCCUCCUCAUUCUUCGUUUUCUUCCUGGUUUUACCAAUUCACCGUUUGCCAUGUUUCUUCCUUACUCAGGUAUUUGCAGUUCAUCAUCAUCUUCAUUCUGUCCAUCUUAAACUUAUAUUGUUUUUGUCACUGUCUCUUUAUCUAUUUCUUUAUUUCAAUGGGCUAAUAUCUACCCAUCUUAAUCUUUUCUUAUCUAUCUAUCUAUCUAUCUAUCUAUCUAUCUAUCUAUCUAUCUAUCUAUCUAUCUAUCUAUCUAUCUAUCUCAUUAAUAUAUAUCUUAAUCUUAUACUUUUUUUUUUCUCUUUUGUAAUAUCUGUCUAUCUCUUUCUGUUCAAUAUCUAUCUAUCUAUCUAUCUAUCUAUCUAUCUAUCUAUCUAUCUAUCUAUCUCAGUCCUUAAUAUAUAUCUUAAUCUUAUACUUUCUUUUUUUCUCUUUGUAAUAUCUGUCUAUCUCUUUCUGUUCAAUAUCUAUCUAUCUAUCUAUCUAUCUAUCUAUCUAUCUAUCUAUCUAUCUAUCUAUCUAUCUAUCUCAUUAAUAUAUAUCUUAAUCUUAUACUUUCUUUUUUUUUGUAAUAUCUCUGUCUAUCUCUUUCUGUUCAAUAUCUAUCAUUCAUCUAUCUAUCUAUCUAUCUAUCUAUCUAUCUAUCUAUCUAUCUAUCUCAUUAAUAUAUAUCUUAAUCUCAUACUUUCUUUCUUUUUUUCUCUUUGUAAUAUCUGUCUAUCUCUUUCUGUUCAAUAUCUAUCUAUCUAUCUAUCUAUCUAUCUAUCUAUCUAUCUAUCUAUCUAUCUAUCUAUCUAUCUCAGUCCGAAAUGGCGGAGCGAGAUGAUUGUCCACGUCCUGAAUCGUACGGAACAUAUCUAUCUAUCUAUCUAUCUAUCUAUCUAUCUAUCUAUCUAUCUAUCUAUCUAUCAGUUUGUUCAUAUCUAUCUAUCUAUCUAUCUAUCUAUCUAUCUAUCUAUCUAUAUAUAUAUAUAUAUAUAUAUAUCAGUUUGUUCAUAUCUAUCUAUCUAUCUAUCUAUAUAUCAGUUUGUUCAUAUCUAUCUAUCUAACUAUCAGUUUGUUCAUAUCUAUCUAUCUAUCUAUCUAUCUAUCUAUCUAUCUAUCUAUCAGUUUGUUCAUAUUUAUCUAUCUAUCUAUCAGUUUGUUCAUAUCUAUCUAUCUAUCUAUCUAAGAAAUACGACACAUAUUCUUACUCUAAUCUAUCUAUCUAUCUAUCUAUCUAUCUAUCUAUCUAUUAUUUAA